UUAUUCAUCUGUGAAUUUAUGAAUGUGGAUGCAAUACAGCUGAUAAAUGUUUAAAUACUUAUUGGAUUUAUUUGACAUAGAUUAACUUUUAUUUGUUUGGAUUAUCGGAAUCACUUUGAUUUCAAGUGUUUUAGAUAAGAAUGCAAACACAUAUUCAAUUUUAACCUCUUCAGUUGGUGCUUCAUCGUAAUUUAGGCCUUUAAUAUUAUCUUUGGUUUAAAGACGCGCGUGCUUUGUACAAUUAUUUGCCUACGGCUAUAAAAUGUACGCGCCAUUUUUAAUGCGUUAACGCACUGAAAAUAACUUAUUUGAGCAAUGCAUGUACAUUGCUAUAUUAGUAAAUUAGGUUACACUAAUAUGAUGUUGCUGGGGUUGAGGAGAAAAACAGGCGCAGGUCGUAUUUUAAUUUAAGUCGUCAAAAAUAAUUGACAAGAUAUGGUAAUUAUUCGUAUCUUGCGCAAAUACAGGGGGUAAAGAGGUCGAGGUCAUGUAUUAUUUCCCCACGCCAUUGUUUAGUAAAUGACCAUGCUAGGGGAGAGUUUGAUAGCCAGUGAGGUCACAUGACAAAUUGCCUGGUGUCACGGUACUGGCACAUGUGACGCCGCUGGACAAGUUUAGCAAACAUAUGCUACCCCAUAGGUGGCAGUGUCAGUCAGAAGUGUUGGAUAAUAUAUUAUUAUAUCUCUAAAAAUCACCACUCUGACCGGUACUGGUACCUGUUGCUACCGGAGUGACAGGCGGGAAUAAACUGUUCAACAGAGACAUUCAGAAAAGCAGGAAGCUGUUUGGACUAUUGUUUGUUCACAGCAUAAUUAAUAAACAUUUCAGGUCAUUUUAGUGAGUGUAUUUUUAUAGACGACAUUCUACUCUUCUAUACUCGGAAGAUCUGAUGCAAGAGUUGCGGUAAAGUAUACUGUGUGUUGUAUAUUAUUGGUACUCCAGUGUUUCCAUAAAGCUUACAUUUAUUUGGACAGCAUGUCGGAGGAGCAGCAAUCCAAUGGUCAUCUCCAAAACAAUGACAAUACAGUUAACGGUCACCUCGACAACAGCGAGAAAACAGCAAUACAGGUGGACGGCAAUGGCGCCACGACCUACCUGGCCAUUGACGGGGACCUUAAGGCUGGUAAUGGAAAACUAUCUCAACCUUAUCCAUACGCCGACGGCGAGAAAGGCGUAACGUCACAGCCACCAAAAUCGGUGACGCUGCAGCUAUGCGUGGCCGUGCUUUCCGCCAUCAUGGGAUCCUUCCAGUUCGGCUACAACACUGGCGUCAUCAACGCGCCCGAAACGCAAAUCAAAUCCUUCCUGAACAUGACGCACUACAACAGAACCGGAAGUGCCAUGAAGGACGUCACUAUAACGUCACUGUACGCCCUAAUUGUGUCCAUAUUCGCCGUCGGCGGCGUCGUUGGAGGACUAGCUGCUGGAUGGUGGGCAGACUUCUUUGGCAGGAAGUUUGGUAUGAUCCUUAACAACAUUAUCGGGAUUGCUGCGUGCGUAAUGAUGUACCUGAGUCGGACCGCCAUGUCUUACGAGAUGGUUAUCGUCGGCAGGCUCCUCGUCGGCAUAUGCUGUGGCCUCUUCACGGGGUUAACACCCAUGUACCUGUCGGAGAUCUCGACGCCCAGUACACGCGGCGCCCUUGGGGUGCUCCACCAGCUGGGAACCGUCACCGGCCUCCUCGCCUCACAGAUUCUAGGCUUUCCGGAGAUACUCGGAAACAAACACUACUGGAACCUGCUCCUAGGUCUUGGUGUGAGCCCGUGCAUCCUACAGCUGUUGUCAAUGCCGCUGUGUCCAGAGAGCCCGCGGUUCCUCCUCAUUACCAAGGGCAGGGAACACCAGGCCAGGAAGGCUUUGCAGUCGUUACGAGGUAUACCCGACGUAUCGAGUGAAAUUGAAGAGAUGAAGUCAGAGUGCGCCGCAGGUACCAAAGAGGACAAGGUGAGCAUAUUUGGUUUGUUCCGGAAACGCUCACUGCGCAUGCCCUUGGUAAUCAGCAUCGUCAUGCAACUUUCUCAGCAGUUUUCAGGAAUAAACGCCAUUUUCUACUACUCCUUCACCCUUUUCAAACAAGCGGGUCUGGCGGAGACGACGUCGGCGCACGCUACUUCCGGUGUAGGCGCCACAAUGAUCCUGAUGACCCUGAUCACAGUGCCUCUUAUGGACCGGGUGGGGCGGCGGUCCCUCCACCUCCUGGGGCUUGGAGGCAUGUUUAUCUUCAGCGUCCUCAUCACCCUCUGUCUCUCACUCACGUACCUUGCGGACUGGUUGAGGGUGGGCAACAUCGUGGUCUCUCUCCUGUAUGUCGUCUUCUUCGCCAUUGGACCCGGUUCUAUCCCGUGGUUGAUCGUGUCUGAGCUUUUCCCACAAGGUCCACGGCCGGCCGCCAUGAGCGUCUCAGUCCUCGUUAACUGGGUCGCCAACUUUACCGUCGGUUACUCUUUCCCGUACAUGCAGAGUGGCCUUGGGGAUUUUUCGUUCCUGCCGUUCACCGUGUUACUUGGCCUUUUCUUCCUGUUCACACUGAAAUUCGUCCCAGAAACCAAAAAUAAAACCAUAGAAGAAAUAACACAAAACUGGCGAACGGACAAACGACAAGACGCUGUCUUUGAACAGCAUGUCAGCACAGCAGAUGAAAAGAAUCGACUGUGAUAUCACAAUCUAUAGACAGUAUUUUUGGCUUUUAUGACUUAUAAAAAUGAUCUGAUUACCCUCACCUCACUCUUUCGUGUGUACCUUUAAUUGUGUUGUUACAUUUCUAUGUUUUCAUACAUAUAUGUUUUACGUGUAUUCUGUAUCUUGAAUAUCCAGUGCUCAUCUGCUGCGUUUUUCGAAAUGCGUACAUUUUUGUAUUCAUCGAAAUGCAUAAAUUUUUGUUUUCACCGAAAUGCGUAAAUUUUUGAUUCACCGAAAUGCGAAAUUUUUCGUUUUCAAGGAAAUGCGUGAUUUUGUAUAUUCACCGAAGUGCGUUUGUUUUUGUAUUCACCGAAUUGUGUUGAUGUUUGUAUUCACCCAAAUGCGCUAAUGUUUGGAUUUUCGUGACUUCCAUGUCUGUUCUCUUAUCACGUUUGUAUUAUCCUGUUAGUCAUAUUUAUCGUCACACGCGCAAAAUUCGUUUCAUGAAAAAAAUGAAUAUUAAUUUUAUACUACGCUACUACUUAUGCGAUAAAGAUAAAAAUAAAAUAGAAGAAUAAUUGGACUGAUUUGGAAUUGGAACUGUUGUUGCUAAGAAUAGAACUCUGUAUCCGGAGAGAAAAACACUUCGAAAAAUCGGCGAGAUGGUCUAACAUAAGGGGCCAAGAAAACGUCAUAAAGAUAAAUUGUUGAAACCAAUCACUUGUAUUUAUAAUCAUUUAU